CAUGCCGCCGAGAGUCUAACAACGUAUGUAAAUUUGAGUUCUCUCUCGGCAUUGAAAGCUCGCCAGACCUCCAGUGGCCGGGCACAGCCCCAAACAAAGAACGAUCCCGGUCCGCUUCAGCGUUAAUUAGAUUAGAUUAGACAAACCAGAUUGGGUUAGUGCUCUGAGUGUGUGAAUAAGUUGAGAUAGAGGAUCGGGGGUUGCGUUGGCUUAUUUGUUCGCCUUAAUGUUGAACAACGUAAAUAGAUAAGUUUACUUGUUUGCGGGGCUUCAAAGCGACAUCUUUUUAAGUUAAACGUGAAAGUCAAUCGAAUACACCUGAAGCCACACCUUGCCAAAAAAUACAUAAAUUUGUUCGUUGUUUAAUUUAACCAGCAGCAGCAGCAGCAGCAGCAACUGUGUCAAUUUCCAGGCCUUUAUUUCACACAACUCGAUCAUCCGUUGACCUCUUAGUUUGCAAUAUGCAGAAGAAGGCGAAUGUUACGAAAUGCUGGACUUUAAUUUUGCUCUUUUCGCUGAUCAUCACAUUUGCUGUUGCCUUUUCCUAUUGGUUUUUUGUGCCGCGGCAAGUAGAUUUUUGGUCACUGAUCUACAAUGAGACCGAACGCGAUUUAUCACCGGAGAUAUCCAUGCCAUCGAAUUUGAUACCGGUGGAAUUAAAAUUGAAAAAUAAGCCGCCAUUUAUAUAUCAAAUCUUACACUAA